CCUGCACUGCUCCUCCUGCUCAGCCUCACGCUCUGCGGUACCGGCACCCAGGGAAAUGGGGACAGAGUGGUGGCCAGGUUCAUCAACAAGAAUAUGAAGCACCCCAAGGAGGGACAGCGGCUCGAGCUGGACUGCUGGCCUUACGACAGGUACAGUGGUGUCUCCUGGAUCCACCUGGACAAGGAUGGGAUCCUUCACUACAUUGCUUAUACUUCCACGUACUCACGGACCACCUUCUUGGGGAAUGAGAAAAUAUCUUCAAGAUUUGAAGCGUCAAAACAAGGCAAUUCCUAUCGGCUGGUGGUGAAGUCCUUCACGGCACAGGACCAGGGGACCUAUUUCUGCGUAACCAACAACUACCAGGAGCUGCACUUCAGCUCUGGACAACCCACAUUCUUCCCAGUCACUACAACAACAGCAGCACCCACCACACCCGCUGCCACCACCCACAGCAGCCAGGUCACCAGCAAGGACAUCUCCCGGCACAGCCCAGGCCCAGGAACAAGUAACGAGGACAAGCUGAAUUGGUCCUGUAAAUUCAUCAUGUGGGUUAACCUGUCUUGCGCCUGCCUCCUGCUCCUCACUGCCAUAACCAUCACCAUCACGCUCUGCCAAAGGACCAAGCUCACCGUAAGCAAGCAGUGCUGCGUGGCUGCUCAGCAGAAGCCACACAUGCGUCCUCCUCAAGCACCGCACUGACACCAGCAGCAACACAGACAGCUGCCCUGAUGCAGCGCGGCCAUUUGCCUGCUCCUCCUCUGCCUGCCCACCAGCACUGCACACCUCCCGCCGCCUCACAUGUGCUCCUGCCCCACAGCGCUGUUACACACCCACACCGCCUGGACAGCGCUGACCCCAAGAAACCCGGCAGCUCCGGGCCACUAUGGAAAAGGCACCGCUGUGCUGGACAGCAGAGCCUUCCAUGAGAUGAACAAUAAACCAAUCGGAUACAAAACUCAGUUCUGAUGCCCUAUUCUGUCAAUUCCAAAGUCUUCCCUACAAGCUGGAUCUAACUUUUAUCUCUUUCAUUGUGUCGUUUGGUUUAAUUCAUUACUGAUAGAGGAGGGGACAGAGAGACUUACAACAUAAGAUGCUAUGCCAGUAAUGUUUACAACAAGAAAAUUCCAUGUUUAAGUCCCACUCCAAAUGAUGUUCAAAGGAAUGUGUGUCUGACCAGGGUCCGUGGUAGAUACUCUCUCCUAGCUUGUCCAACGGAAAUCUCCUCAGGAGGCACAGAGAAAAGUAACCCAUGCUGUUAAUCUAAAUAGCCUGCACAGGUCAAGGUUUUACAUUAGAGUUGUUCCUGGAGGUACUACAUCUGUCUGAAGCUUUUCAUAAUAGAGUAUUUGCCACUUGGACAGUCCUACUUGUUCUUAUUUGUUGGCAGUACUAGCGGGAUUGGCCUCAAGUUGUGCCAGGGAAGAUUCGGGCUGGAUGCUAGGAAAUAAUUCUUCCCCAAGUCAGUGCUCAGGCACUGGAAUGGGCUGCCCUGCGAGGUGCUGGAGUCACCGACCCUGGAAAGAAAGGUUCAGAUGUUGUACUGAGGGACGUAGUUUAGUGGGAAUAUUGGUGAUAGGUGAACGGUUUGAUUGCUUUGUGCUAACAGAUAUAUAAACACAGAACACAGGAAAGGAAGAUCCUACCCCUUAUUAAUUCAUACUUAGGAGACAAGAGAUGGGGGCUCAGGAGCAGGGUGGCU